GAGGAGGAGGAGCCGAGCCGAUCGAGGGCUGCGGUGUGUCUUUGCAGCUGCCUCCUAGACCUUACCACCGGAUGGCCCACAGGAAUUUUUCAGAUCAAGACUAAUUACGAGUUUCCAGUUGACCAGCACUCAUAGGGUAAGGCUAACGUCCUCAACUGUGAGCAUGUGGUAAAGAAUGAAGACAAACACAGAGAUGGUGUUUCUAAGAAAUUUCAAAAGGUGUAGACCUCCCGACUGAAGCAUAGCUGAUUAACUUGAUUCAUUUUUUUCACUGUAGUUCUGUCCUCCUCCAAGGGGAAGUCAUGAUUACACUAACAGAGCUAAAAUGUUUAGCAGACACCCAGGCAUCUUACCACAUCUUAAAACCAUGGUGGGACGUCUUCUGGUAUUAUAUCACCCUGAUCAUGCUGCUGGUGGCCGUGCUGGCCGGAGCUCUCCAGCUGACACAGAGCAGGGUUCUGUGCUGUCUUCCGUGCAAAGUGGAGUUUGACAAUCACUGUGCUGUGCCUUGGGACAUCCUGAAAGCCAGUGCAAAUGCAUCCUCUAACCCCGAGACACCAUUCCCACUCCCCCUUCGGAUCCAGAAUGACCUCCACCGACAGCAGUACUCCUACAUCGAUGCUGUCUGUUACGAGAAACAGCUCCACUGGUUUGCAAAGUUUUUCCCCUACCUGGUGCUCCUGCACACGCUCAUCUUUGCAGCCUGCAGCAACUUUUGGCUUCACUACCCCAGUACCAGUUCCAGGCUUGAGCAUUUUGUGGCCAUCCUUCACAAGUGCUUCGAUUCUCCGUGGACCACUCGUGCCCUGUCGGAAACAGUGGCUGAGCAGUCAGUGAGGCCCAUGAAACUCUCCAAGUCCAAGAUUUUGCUUUCAUCCUCAGGGUGCUCAGCUGACGUUGAUUCCAGCAAGCAGUCGCUGCCCUACCCGCAGCCAGGCUUGGAAUCAGCUGGCAUAGAAAGCCCAACUUCCAGUGUCCUAGAUAAAAAGGAGGGAGAACAGGCCAAAGCCAUCUUUGAAAAGGUGAAGAGGUUCCGUAUGCACGUGGAGCAGAAGGACAUCAUUUAUCGGGUGUAUCUGAAGCAGAUAAUCGUCAAAGUCAUCUUGUUUGCCCUCAUCAUAACUUAUGUCCCCUAUUUUUUAACCUACAUCAGUCUUGAAAUCGACUGUUCCAUUGAUGUUCAGGCGUUCACAGGCUAUAAGCACUACCAGUGUGUCUACUCUUUGGCAGAAAUAUUUAAGGUCCUGGCUUCAUUUUACGUCAUUUUGGUUAUACUCUACGGUCUCACCUCCUCCUACAGCUUGUGGUGGAUGCUGAGGAGUUCUCUGAAGCAAUAUUCCUUUGAGGCAUUAAGAGAAAAAAGCAAUUAUAGUGACAUCCCGGACGUCAAGAAUGACUUUGCCUUUAUCCUUCAUCUGGCCGAUCAGUAUGACCCCCUUUACUCCAAACGUUUCUCCAUAUUCCUGUCGGAGGUCAGCGAGAAUAAACUGAAACAGAUCAACCUCAACAACGAAUGGACAGUUGAGAAACUGAAAAGUAAGCUGGUGAAAAACGCCCAGGACAAGAUAGAACUGCAUCUUUUCAUGCUCAACGGUCUUCCCGACAAUGUGUUUGAGUUAACGGAAAUGGAAGUGCUGAGCCUGGAGCUCAUCCCCGAGGUGAAGCUGCCCUCCGCUGUCUCACAGCUGGUCAACCUCAAGGAGCUGCGCGUGUACCAUUCGUCCCUGGUGGUUGACCAUCCCGCACUGGCCUUCCUCGAGGAGAAUUUGAAGAUCCUCCGCCUGAAAUUUACUGAAAUGGGAAAAAUCCCACGCUGGGUAUUUCACCUGAAGAACCUCAAGGAACUUUAUCUGUCAGGCUGUGUCCUCCCUGAGCAGCUGGGCACCAUGCAGUUGGAGGGGUUUCAGGACUUGAAAAAUCUGAGGACCCUCUACUUGAAGAGCAGCCUGUCCCGCAUCCCACAGGUCGUCACAGACCUCUUGCCUUCACUGCAGAAGCUGUCCCUUGAUAACGAGGGAAGCAAACUGGUUGUGUUGAACAACUUGAAGAAGAUGGUCAAUCUGAAGAGCCUAGAACUGAUCAGCUGUGACCUGGAGCGCAUUCCACACUCCAUUUUCAGCCUGAACAAUCUGCAUGAGUUAGACCUAAAAGAAAAUAACCUUAAAACCGUGGAAGAGAUCAUUAGCUUUCAGCAUCUUCAGAACCUGUCCUGCUUGAAGUUAUGGCACAAUAACAUCGCUUAUAUUCCUGCACAGAUUGGGGCAUUAUCCAACUUAGAGCAGCUCUCUUUGGACCAUAAUAAUAUAGAGAAUCUGCCCUUGCAGCUUUUCCUAUGCACCAAACUUCAUUAUUUGGAUCUAAGCUAUAACCACCUGACCUUCAUUCCAGAAGAAAUCCAGUAUCUGAGUAAUUUGCAGUACUUUGCUGUGACCAACAACAAUAUCGAGGUGUUGCCAGAUGGGCUGUUUCAGUGCAAAAAGCUGCAAUGUUUACUUUUGGGGAAAAAUAGCUUGAUGAAUUUGUCUCCUCUCGUGGGCGAGCUGUUGAACCUUACCUAUCUGGAGCUCGUUGGUAAUUACCUGGAAACACUUCCUCCCGAACUGGAAGGGUGUCAGUCCCUAAAACGAAGCUGUCUGAUCGUUGAGGAGAAUUUGCUCAAUACUCUUCCAAACCCUGUAACAGAACGUUUGCAGACGUGCUUAGACAAAUGUUGACCCAAGGAGAAGAGAACCAUGUCUCAAAAUCAAUCGUAAAAGGACGUUCCAGGGCUUUAAAUGAGAGGUGAAUUUUUCGAAGUUAGAGAUGAGAAAUGAGUGCUGAUUAUGAUGAGCUAUAACAAAAUGUCUAGCCCUAAAUUCAAACAGGUAAUGAAUGUUAACACUAACCUGACAUUUUGUGCAACAUUGGUCUUUAACUUAUUGAGAUGUUGUAAGAUGUUGUCCACUCUGAGGGUGGAAAAGGGGUUAUGCAAAUACUGAAUUCCUACCUUGCAGUUUUUACCUUGAAGACCGUGUAUAUAUUUUCUCCUCUUCCUCCCCCAGGGUCUAUUAUUUGCACACUCAUUUUAACUGACUUCCUGUUUGUUUUUUUUUUUUAUAUUUAGCACCAAGACCAUAAACUCAUCAAUAUAAAUUUUCUUAUACUUACCACCGUCUUUGACUUAAGUUCUUAACUUGUUUUAAACAGAGUGUAUUGUGCUUGGCAGAAUUCCCAUUCGGCCUCAUUUUUACUUCCUUUCCCAGCUUGCUUGAGUUUUUCUCAAUUCGGUUUCCUCUUUCCAGUGAUGAACCCUGAGAAAAUGUCUGGCUGCCCUUGGUGUUUGCCUAGAACUGGAGCAGAGGGCACUUAAGAUGUGUUAGGGGCAUCCUGAAAAUUAAUGUAUUCUUUAAAAUACCUUCUCAUCUAUCAUCAGAGCCUUUUUUAAAAUUAAGAAUGUUUUCUAUUCUAGUGUAAAACAUACAAAUCAUUUCUAUGGCAUAAUCUUGGAUUCUACAUCUGUGGAGAAUGAUUUUUUGUGAGGUCCAUGGAAUGUGCACAUUUCCUUAAGAACUUCAGUGUACUUAGUUUUGAUUAUUUAUGAUCCUUAUAUUUGUGUGCAUUCUGCUCCAAAAUGUUUUUGUACUCUGCAGCUAAUUACUUUUGGAUAACAAAAACCUUGCGCCCUCAAGUAUUUGGGGGUUUCCUUGGGAGAGGGUUAGCCAAGUCAUUGACCUCUCUCUUGCCUAGCCGCUGUGCAGUCGUACGGGUAAAAUUCUUCAUUACUUAUAAAAACUGUGAUGGAAGGGAGAGGUACAGGCUUGAUUUUUAAGUGGAUUUUAAAACACUUCGUAGAAAUUUAGUAAGAGUUAAAGCAAAAUGCAUUUUUCCCCAUCUGCAUAAUCUCUAGCUGUGAAUUAUAAUGCAGAACCCUCAGCCACUAUUCUGUGUCUUGAGUUCUCAGCACUCACAAAGAAAGAGAUCUAUUUAACUGAAACUCUAUCACGCCUUUAUCUAACUUUCUGGAAUAUGUAUUUGCUCCUUCUUAUAAAGAGCUUUGUGUUUGGCCUUUUAUUUAAUAUUAUCACUCAUAUUGUUAAGUGAAUGAAAUGGAUUCAUUUUUUGGUAAGUGUACACUUUCAGUAUGUUUUUCUCUAAUGGGUCUAAGGCAUUAUGCCACCUCCUCAUUUGGGGUGUAACUAGGAAGAAAUCUAUUAACUGUACCUACACAAAACUGGAAAACACUAUGGGGAAAGAGUGCCGUGUGUAUGGAAUUGCAGUGUAUGGUAUAUGUUUUUUCUUGCUGUGUUCCAGAAAGAUGAAAAUGAGUCUUUAAAGUAUAGCAGAUAUAACUUCCCUCACCGACUAGCACCUCUGGCCUGAAGUUCAGAGAAAAGAAUUAUUUACAUCAAAUACCAUUCGAAUAAUAUUACCUAUAAUAUUCAUUUCACAU